AUGGCACCAAAAAGGAAGGAAUCAAUAAAGGACAAUUUGUGUUGGACUUCUGAAAUGGAUGAAAAAUUCAUUAAUGCCUUAUUGGAAGAGACAAUGAAAGGAAAUAGUCCUGACGGCACAUUUUCAACAUUUGCAUAUGAUAAUAUGUUUCUCUCUCUUGCUCUCACCCGAUUCCAUUGCCUUCGAAGACCAUUUGUCAGCCAUUGCCGUCCGUUCAAGCUGCUGUCGCCGUCUAUAAGUGCUGCAUCGCUGGCCGUCACUUUCGCCGUCACCAUUGCUCGGAAUUUUCGUCGCUGCCGUACCACCAUUCGUCUUCUUCCAAGAAUUUGGUUCUUCUUCUUCCAUUGUUUGGUGGGUGUUGCUCUAAAUGGCUGGUUCUGCGUGGUUGCAUUUUCUUCAUACUUUGAUUUUAGCUUUUGUCCUGAAGGAGAUGAGUCCGAUAAGAUGGGUUUUGUUACCACCACUUCUUUUGUUUGAUCUCCUAACCAAGGAUGUCAUCAGUAGCGUGAAGUCUUCAAAU